AAAUAAAACAGAGACACGCUCACAGCCGACACAGUCCUUCAGCCUGGCAUGUUUCAAGUCUCAUACUAAAACGCAGAACUAUGGCAGUGUCAGACAUCCGCCUUUUGUGAGCAUUCACUUGCGAAUACAUGGCACGAUGAAAUGACUAUGAAAUGUUUAGGUGACCUUCUUAUGUCUCCUCCUGCACGGAUGCGCUCGGAAUAACAGUACAGAUGACACAAUGACUCCACUCUUUCCAGUUUAACUUCAGACAGUGGUGAGACUGGUGCCGAUAACUGUUACUCUUCAGCGAAUGCCUUGAAAACACAUGAUCAGUAUGGACUGUCUUACACGAACUGCGUACUGGCCACUUAUUCGCUUUCUGCUGCCACUGGCCAUUACUAAUAUAGCCAUUGACUUCGGAGAACAGGCUCUGAACAGGGGUAUAGCUGCUGUGAAGGAGGACAGAAUGGAGAUGUUGGCCAGCUAUGGUCUGGCAUACUCACUCAUGAAGUUCUUCACGGGUCCAAUGAGCGACUUCAAAAAUGUUGGACUCGUGUUUGUCAACAGCAGAAAAGACAGAACAAAGGCCAUCCUGUGCAUGGUCGUGGCAGGAAUCAUUGCUGUAGUGCUUCAUGUCCUUAUAGCUUACACGGAUCUGGGCUACUACAUUAUAAAUAAGCUCCAUCAUGUGGAUGAAUCAGUGGGAAACAAGACGAGAAGGGCUUUUUUGUACCUGGCAGUAUUUCCAAUAUUAGAUGCAAUGGCGUGGAUUCAUGCUGGCAUCCUCUUAAAGCACAAGUACAGCCUGCUGGUGGGUUCUGCCUCCAUUUCUGAUGUUGUUGCACAGAUAAUAUUAGUGGCAAUCCUUCUCCAAAGUAACCUGGAGUGUUUAGAACCUCUUCUUAUUCCCAUCCUCUCUCUGUAUGUGGGAACUCUAGUGCGCUUCACUAUCGUUGGACUGGGCUACUACUGUAACGUCCACAACAGCAUCCCUGAAUCAAUCAGCAUCGAUCAAGGGGGAGAUGCCACAGUAAGAAGUAUGCUUAGUUUCUGGUGGCCGCUCGCCCUCAUUUUGGCCACCCAGCGCAUCAGCAGACCCAUCGUUAACCUGUUCGUCUCUCGGGACCUUAAAGGCAGUGCAGCAUCGACUGAAGCGGUUGCUGUCCUCACAGCCACAUAUCCCGUUGGUCACAUGCCCUACGGCUGGUUAACAGAGCUACGAGCCAUCUAUCCAGCUUUCGAUAAGAAUACUCCAAACAACAAGUUAGCCGCUGGUCAGCAGGUCACCAAAUCCCACAUCAAGAGAUUUACUCUCGGCUGCUUUCUGCUUUCUUUAACGCUUUGUUUCAUUAUAUUCUGGACUCCUCGUGUCUCGGAGCUCAUCUUGGUUCAUGUCAUUGGAGUCGACCUGGAAUUUGCACAACUGUGCAUCAUUCCACUAAGAAUAUUUUCCUUUUUCCCUUUUCCAGUGACGGUUCGAGCUCAGAUGACGGGCUGGUUAAUGACAUUGAAGAAAACCUUUGUGUUGGCGCCCAGUUCUGUCCUUCGCAUUAUUGUGCUCAUCACAAGCCUUCUGGUUCUGCCUUAUUUGGGGGUACAUGGUGCCACACUAGGAGUUGGGUCUUUACUGGCAGGAUUUGUAGGAGAGUCAACCAUGGUCGCAGUGGGUGCCUGUUUUGUCUACAGAAAACUGAAGAAAACCCCAGAUGCAGAUAGGGUUGUGGAGGAAGAUAACUCCACUCCUAUGAGUGAGGUCACUUCCCGGUUAGAUGCGGCUGAUGGGAAUGAGAGGGAGGAAGGAGAAGAGGUAAACGAAGAAGAAGAAGAUGAGAAUGAGAGGAUGAAAAGAGAAGAUGAAUGACUCAAAGGAUGAAAAGUGAAUGAACAUCUAUUUUUCAUCAGAGAGGAAUAAAGAAGUGGAUAUCUGGAGCGGUGCAAUGUCCACACUGGAUAUGACUAUUAAUGGGUCAUAAGUUAUGUUGUGCAGUUUUGUUUAUUUAAUAGGACUAACAUCUCUACCUUUCUACACUCUGCUUUGCAUCCGAAUUCCAGCUCGAAUGAGGUAGAAUAAGCAAAUAAUGACACAUGCACGUCUACAUCAAAUGCACUCCUGCACUUAUGGCAGUUUGCACUGUUAUCUGUUUGCACUGAGGCAACUUUACACAGGAGCCUUCCAGAAUUUCUGCAGCCUGUAAACAUUUUUGCCAAAUGUAUACAUUGUUGUAUGCAUCAAGAUGUUUUCAUGACAGAACUGUUCUCUGGUGAACAUUGACCCCCUACGAUGUCAGUUUUCCUUGGCCUUGAAGCGCACAAUACACAAGUCUACUAUGAGCUGUUGUACUGAUGUGGGCACAGACUUUCAGGUUUUAUAUAUUACAAAUGAUUUAUUUUUGUAUUCAGUAUACAUGAAACCGUUCUAGUCAGAGUUUGUAUACUUUGCAAAUGUGUCAAAAUGCUCUUUGCUACAGAUGAUGCUCUUCUGAAUGGAGUAUUUAUUUGGGGUUUGAGAAAGCGUUAGCCCCUAUCUAAUAAUCAUUUCUGUUAAUGCUGUCUACAGUAGAAUUAGCCAAAUUGGAUGUUUGUUUUUCAACUUACUGGGACCAUAAUAUUAGUCACAAUUUUCAUUUGUUUCAGUGGCACAGUAGGUCUUUGCAUUGUACAUGGACUGCACUUUCAGACGGUCUAUCUUUCAGUUUUCUUAAGGGAAUGUACCCAGAUAACAAAGAUAAUUUAUUUACUGUAAUGUUGAAUCAAUGUUAAAUUGGUUAUUGAUUAAACAUUAAAGGGGUUAUAUGGCGCGAAUAUGUGUUUUUCUAUGUCUUUGGUGUGUUAUAAGUUGUCCAUGCAUGUAUUAGACACGUAAAAUUGCAAAAAUUAAAGUGUCGGAACAAUAGAUGCAUUCUAUUUAAAAGCGAAUGCUCACCCAGACCUGCCUGAAAUUCCUCGUGUAACCACACCCCCACAAAUCUACGUCAGUUCUUGGUAUGAUUUGACUAAGACCGUCCAAAUGUAUACGCUUGUAAGGUGGGCGUACCUGUCAGAACAAUUGCGUUGGAAUCUGAUGUUCCAAAUAUGGUAAGAGGCGAUACAUUUCCGUUACACGCUUGCAGUAUUCGACCAAUCACUACGCACUGGUUAACUGGCCAAUCAUAGCACACCUCGCUUUUCAGAGCCAUGAGCUUUGUAAAAAAUCUGCACUUUUCAGAGAGGCGGAGCAAAGAGGAGAUACAAACAUGCACGGUGUUUCGAAAAUACAGCGUUUUUGAACCUUAAAUCGUUUAUACACAUUGUAUUUCAUCUAAAACAAAUGAUAAUAUUCAUUUUAGCCGUGUCAUAUGACCCCUUUAAAUCAAUGGUACAUUUACAAUAAGGUUGUAUUUGUUAACAUUAGUAAAUGCAUUAGCUAACGUGAAUUAUCAAGGAACAAUACUUACAGCGUUUAUUAAUGUCGGUUCAUGUUUAUUUCAGCAUUUACUAAUACAU